GCUGUUUGCAUUAAUGUCCAUUCUCUAAGUAAGCUUUAAAUACAUAUUACUUUUUUAUUUUAUAUAUGAAAAACUUUUCUUGGAAUUAUUUAUGAAAUUUGAUUAGAAUACAAUAAUCAAACCAAUUUCUGUAUUUUUCUGUUCUGUCAUAAUAAGAAACGAGGUUAUGUAUUGUACUGCGAUCAAAAAGUUUAAUAUAUUUUCAAUAUUGAAGUAUGUGGGCUAGAAAACUUUACCCUACUCUGUUAAAAACAGUUACUACUGUUCAUACAACUAAUCAAUCAUUUUGGGCAUGGUUAAAUAUAGUUUUUAAUCGCGUUGACGAAGAUCGUGUGAAAAGAUUUGGCCCUGAUCGAGCAUGUGCAGAGUGGUUGUUGAGGAAUGGGGCAUCCGUAAAAUUUUGUAAAUCUUCUAGAUAUUUAUCUGAUUAUAAUUCACUGCCAAUAGAAGGGAGCAAGUUCUUUCUAGAAGAAAUAGAUGCCACCGAUUCAUCUAUAAUGCAUCAUGGUUUCCCACACUUUGUUGGUUGCAAGUUCAUAAGGAAAAUAAAGUUUCAUAAAUGCAUUUACCUGGAAAACGAAGCACUUGGCAUGUUGGCACCUCUAAGGGAAUCCUUAUUAUAUUUACAAAUUUCUGAGUGUAAUAAUAUUGAUAGUGAAGGCUUGAAAAAACUAGAUAAGCUACACAAGCUGAAAGAAUUGAUUCUUUUCAAUUUGCCCUAUGUAAGAGACAAGGAUGCAAUUGUAAAUUUCCUUCAAAACUAUCUCCCAUUAUGCAACAUAGAUUUUAAAGAAGAAACACAUAAAGAAGUAAAGACUACUAUGUCAUAAAUAAAAACAUAUAUAUUAUUUUACUCAUUUAUAUAUUUAAUUUAUUGUAGUUGUUUUUAACCACUAAGAUUUUUU